AUGGGAGGGAGGGAGAAGAGAAAGUUCAAUAUCUCUGGGGCUAAGUCGUUUGAAAUUACUCAAAUUUACGUUUUUGCUAUCCAACCAGUCACUUCUGUUCAACUUGCUUAUACAAUGGAGGUGACCGAAAAAUGUGAUGUUUAUAGCUUCGGGGUUUUGGCACUGGAAAUACUAAUAGGGGAGCAUCCGGGGGAUCUCCUCUCAUCUGUGUCAUCGUUGUGGUCUUCUUCGUCUUCAACAGUACAUGAUUUGCUAUUGAAGAAUCUGUUGGAUCAACGUCCUUCAUAUCCCACGAAUCGAGCAGGAAAGGAAGUGAUGACUGUUGCAAAAAUAGCCGUCUCAUGCUUACAAUCCAAUCCGCAAUCUCGGCCCUCUAUGCAACAAGUUUCUCAGGAGCUAUCAAGUCAAAGACGCACUGUGCAGGAACAAUUUCACUCCAUUACAAUGGGACAGCUACUUGAUGUUGAGUAUUAAUUCUGCAUGUUGAAAAUUUGCACUCAUAAUUGUAGCUCAUCGUUUAGAGUUGCAUGUGUUGCUACUUGCAAGUACUAAUCUCAACCAUCUUAUCUGAGAUAAAUAAUAUUGUGAGUUUGCCAUGCCUGGAGUGU